AAGGGUUGUCCGUAGCAGUCAAAUUUAUUCAUUAAUUUAACAAAAAGAUCCAAUUUUUAUAUUUUUUACGAUCUCAUUCUAUAUAAGUUCCAAUCUUUUUGCAAGAUCUUUUCAGAAAAGGAAAAAAGGCCUUUUUUACUUUCUGGGUAGGUGGAUAAGAACUCUUAUCUUUGAAGGGUUUUUUUUUUUUUUUAUUGUUUUAGAGAGAAAAGAGGAAAUGGGGUCUUUUGGAAUGCUUGCUAGAAGGGCUGUGCUUACCGAGACACCAGUUAUGGUUCAGAUACAAGAACUGGUUCGAAGUAAUAAAGGUUGUAUUUCUCUAGCUCAGGGAGUAGUGUACUGGCAACCACCUGCGCAAGCACUUGAAAAGGUGAAAGAAGCUAUCUGGGAACCUUCAGUUAGUCGCUAUGGUGCCGAUGAGGGCCUUCCUGAACUUAGGGAGGCAUUGAUGCAAAAGUUGGGUCGUGAAAAUAACCUACAUAAAUCUUCAGUGAUGGUUACUGCCGGUGCAAAUCAGGCUUUCGUAAAUGUCGUUCUCACACUGUGUGAUGCUGGGGAUUCGGUCGUUAUGUUUGCACCAUACUAUUUCAAUGCACACAUGUCAUUCCAGAUGACAGGUGUUACCGAUAUUCUGGUGGGUCCUGGUGAUGCAAAGACACUCCAUCCUGAUGCAGACUGGUUGGAGAGUACUCUAAAGAAUACUGUACCAACCCCAAAGCUUGUCACUGUUGUUAAUCCCGGCAAUCCAUCAGGAACAUAUAUUCCUGAGUCCCUUCUUAAGAGGAUAUCUGAUAUUUGUAAGGAAGCGGGAUGUUGGCUCGUAAUUGAUAACACAUAUGAGUAUUUUAUGUAUGAUGAUCGCAAGCAUGUUUGCAUAGAAGCAAACCACAUUGUCAACAUCUUUUCCUUCUCCAAAGCAUAUGGGAUGAUGGGAUGGCGAGUUGGAUAUAUAGCAUACCCAUCGGAAGUGGAAGGGCUUGCAGUUCAACUCCUUAAAGUUCAGGACAACAUACCGAUUUGUGCUUCAAUAAUCUCACAACGACUGGCUCUCUACUCAAUGGAAAUGGGACCAGAAUGGGUAGCUAAUCAAGUUAAGGACCUUGUCAAGAACAGAGAGGUGCUACAAGAAGCCUUAUCUCCUUUGGGAGAGGGGGCUGUUAAAGGGGGAGAAGCUGCCAUUUACCUGUGGGCAAAGCUGCCAGAUAAAUACAUGGACGACUUCAAAGUAGUUCACUGGCUAGCUAAGAGGCAUGGAGUAGUCCUGAUCCCUGGAAGUUCCAGCGGUUGUCCAGGUUAUCUUAGGAUCGCCUUUGGAGGAUUGAUUGAGAAGGACUGUCGAGUAGCUGCAGAAAGGCUCAGAAAAGGUUUGGAAGAGCUGGUAAAUUUUGGAAUGGUUUCAUGAUUCUCUCCUUGACAUAAGUCAUCAACAAAACCACUAAAGACACUUUGUACCCUUUAAUAAAUAAUUCAAAGGUUUUAAGCUUUGCAAUUUGAUCAUUGGAAAUGCAAGCUAAAACUUGCCCAUUCUGUAUAGUUUGAAAUCAAGUAUUUCAGACACCUAAUUUUCUUAAAUGGAUGAUGGAAGUGUCUCAUUUAUCUGUC